AUGGCUGCAGAUGGAUUGAUUAGCGGUGGCGGUAAUGGAGGUCCCUUUGGAUUAGGUCGAUUAAAAAGGAGCAGCAGUGAGAGUAUUACAUCAGGAAGCCAAAGCGGAGGUCCUUUUGCAGAUCCGCCAACAAUUGGCCUGGUUACAGGUGGCGGCAGUGGAGGACCUUUUGGUAGAACAGAAUCCGGUCUAAUAAGAGGUGGCAGCAGUGGAGGGCCGUUUAAUGGCGAUCAACAGGGUGUCAUAUCUGAAGGGCAAAGCCGAGGCCCGUUCGGAAAUCAGGUAACCAAUGGAUUAAUAAAUAGUAGCGGCAGCAGAGGACCUUUUGUAUAA